AUGACUGCACGAACCUCGAAGUAUGCCUUCUCUAGCGAUCCUGCAGCUGCCAACGACGAGAACGAGGAACAAGAGGAAGACGAUGAACAAGAAAAGAAGAGGAAGGCGAAGCUGCACGAAAGAUUCGUCAAGAAUUUGGGGAGACCGGACAGCUUGGCCGAGUUUAAGAGAAAGAAUGGCUUCGUAGAGGACGAAGCUGCAGCUGGCGAGGAUGGAGACGAGGACGAAGAAGAGGAUGCCGAGCCCACACAAGCCAAAGGCAAGGGCAAGAAAGCACCGGUGCAGAGAAAGGGCAAAGACAAACUCACGCCCCUGCAGAGACAAGUCGUGGAUCUCAAACGCAAGCACCCAGACGCUCUGCUCAUUGUUGAAGCGGGAUACAAAUAUCGCCUUUUCGGCGAAGAUGCACGGAUAGCUGCGAAAGUGCUGGCGAUCAUGUGUAUUCCUGGCAAAUAUCGCUUCGACGAGCAUCCUUCCGAAGCACAUCUCGAUCGAUUCGCCUCGGCCAGCUUCCCGACCCACCGUCUGCAUGUACAUGUCAAACGGCUGGUGUCAGCUGGGCACAAAGUUGGUAUCGUACGACAGCUGGAAACAGCGGCAUUGAAGGCGGCAGGCAGCAACAAGAGCAAGAUAUUCGAGCGAGGUUUGACGAAUCUGUACACGAAAGGCACGUAUAUCGAUGACGAAGAUGGACUGGUUGGAGGAGGUCCGGAUGGAAAUGGAGCACCAGCAACAGGUCAUCUGCUGUGUCUGACAGAGAGCUAUCCGAAAGGCGCUGGUUCCGACGAGAAGGUCCAGAUUGGCCUCAUCGCCGUGCAGCCUGGGACGGGAGACAUCAUUUACGAUGACUUCGAGGAUGGCUGGAUGCGGAGUGAGCUAGAGACCAGAUUGCUGCACAUCUCGCCUUGCGAGUUUCUUGUCGUCGGAGAGGUGUCCAAGGCAACGGAGAAGCUCGUGCAGCAUCUUUCAGGAGGCGACGAUGCCAGACUUGAGCGGGCUGAGAAGCCGAAGACCAUGGCAGCGAUGUCGUACAGCCACAUCACCAAGUUCUACGCCGACAAACUGAAAGACGAUGGUCCGACGCCGUCGCAAGUAGAGGCAUCAGAGGAGAAGGGCACACUUCUGGAUAAGGUCCACAAGUUGUCCGAGAACGCCACAAUCUGUCUCUCUGCGAUGAUCACACAUCUCACCGACUAUGGCUUGCAACACGUAUUCGAUCUGACAAAGUGCUUCCAAUCGUUCAGCGCACGAUCCCACAUGUUGCUCAACGGCAAUACUCUGACAAGUCUGGAGAUCUACCGCAACCAGACGGAUCAGACUGAGAAUGGUAGUCUCUUCUGGACUCUCAACCGGACACAGACGAAGUUUGGGCAGCGACUGUUGAGGAAGUGGGUCGGCAGGCCUUUGCUAGAGCGGGAGAGACUCGACGAGCGAUUGGCCGCUGUGGAGGAGCUGAAAGAUGGCGCAGGACGUCUGGGCGUCGACAAGAUCACAAGUCUUCUGGGAAAGAUCAGGAACGACCUCGAGAGAACACUCAUUCGAAUCUACUACAAGAAGUGCUCCAGGUCGGAACUCCUGUCGUUACUCCAGACAUUGCAGAUGAUUGCACAGGAGUAUGCGACUGUGACAUCUCCUGACGCUGCUGGAUUUGAAUCGAAGGUCAUCAACGAGGCGAUUGCUUCGCUGCCGCGCAUUGCAGACGACGUCUUGCAGUAUCUGAAUCGCAUGAAUGCCCAGGCAGCAAGGGCAGACGACAAGUACGGUUUCUUCCGUGACGAGUACGAAACGGAAGACAUCACAGAUCACAAAUGCGGCAUUGUUGCUGUGGAACAUGACCUCAACGAAUUCAAGGCCACCGCAGCCACACUUUUGAAGAGGAAGCAAGUCAGUUAUGUGACGGUGUCUGAGAUCGACUACCUCAUCGAAUUGCCUCAAGACAUGCUGAAGAACGUCCCAGCGUCCUGGGUCAAGAUCAGCAGUACGAAGAAGGUCGCGCGCUUCCAUGCUCCAGAGGUCAUCAAACUCAUCCGCGAACGUGACCAGCACAAGGAAGCUCUGUCGAAUGCAUGCGAUGCUGCGUUCACUGCCCUGCUCACAGAGAUUGCUGCACAGUACCAGCCCUUCCGCGACUGCAUCCAAUCUCUCGCUCUACUCGACUGUCUUCUCUCGCUUGCCUCUGUCGCUUCUCAACCCGGCUAUUGCAAACCAACCUUCAGCGAUCAACCCGGAAUCGACAUCAAAGCCGCUCGCCAUCCGAUGGUUGAACAGAUCCUACUCGACGCUUUUGUCCCGAACGACAUUCAUCUCUCCGCCGACACAACCCGCGCCCUGCUCAUCACCGGUCCAAACAUGGGCGGCAAAUCCUCAUACGUCCGCAGCAUUGCCCUCGUUGCCAUCAUGGCCCAGAUCGGAUCCUACGUUCCUGCCAAGUCCGCACGCCUAGGACUCCUCGAUGCAGUCUUCACUCGCAUGGGCGCAUUCGACAAUAUGAUGAAAGGUGAGAGUACGUUUAUGGUCGAACUCGGUGAGACGGCGGAUGUUCUCAAGCAGGCUACACCUCGUAGUCUGGUCAUUCUGGAUGAGCUGGGACGAGGUACGAGCACUCACGAUGGUGUGGCGAUUGCGGAGGCCGUGCUGGUGGACGUCGUGGAGCGCAUCAAGUGCUUCACGCUGUUCAUCACGCAUUACCAGAGUCUUGCGCGGGCAGUGGAGAAGAAGUGGGGCACUGAGGGUGUAGAUGUGAAGAAUGUGCACAUGCGCUUCACGGAAGAUGGAGGAGAUGAUGAAGCAGGCGGUAAGAAUGUCACGUUCCUCUACGAGGUUGGAGAGGGUACAGCGCAUCGGAGUUAUGGGUUGAAUGUGGCGAGAUUGGCGGGACUGCCGAAGAGUUUGCUCGAAGUAGCGGGGAAGAGAAGUGGUGAGAUGGAGCUGGAAGAAGGCAGAAGGCGGUUGGGGUAUUUGGCGAGAGUCCUGGGCGGAGUGCUCAACGAAGGAAAUGGAGCCUCCGCAGGGGAGCUGGAGAAGCUGAUCGAAGGCGUGGAGCAGCUGUGA